AUGUUGAGGAGGGAUCUAGAAGGAAGCCAAUGCAAGCCCAUUGUUGUUGACGACCCUGUGUCGCGAGGUCGCAGGUCGCGAGAGCAAGCGUCUAGGAUUCACAUUGAUCUCACAGAUUUCGACGAAGCAAACGAUCCAGUUCUGGAAAGAGAACUCGCUGAAAUUGCUUUGAGUGGCCGUACGGGUACUUUCAGCACACAAGCAAGUGACCAUGCAAGGGAUGUGGAAGAUGGCAAAGAAAUUAUGUAUUCUCGAGACGCAGCGGAUAGUCCUUCUUGGCGAAAUCCUGCCUACAACAAGAAGAAAGAGCAGGUCCCAAAAUGGAGAACAGCCAAUGAAAGCAUGCGCUCAUCGCUGUAUUACAAAGUUGCAAGAUCGGAUAGGUUAAAGCUUUACCUGCUUAUUGCCCUCGUGGUUCUGAUCGCAAUCAUAUGUGGCAUUGUGUUUGGGUACCUCGUACUUUCAAACCGACAAAAAGCCAUCGAUGGCAUUCUUUCUGAAGGUACAGAUACAAAGUUGCUGAAAAAAGGCGACAGUCCCCAGGGACAAGCACGUGACUGGUUGCUGUUCGAUGACAAAGAGAAAUACGCGAUCACUAGAGAACGUGUUUUGCAGCGAUAUGCAUUGGCAACAUUUUAUUUUGGCACUGGAGGAGAAAAUUCAUGGAUCAGUUCCAAUUGGUUGAGCGGCGAUGAGUGUGCAAGAGGUCAAGAAUGGCAUGGCCUUGGCUGUAAUCAACAUGGAGAGGUCAGAACACUAUUCCGAGACAAUCGUGGGCUGUCUGGAGAGCUUCCCGAUGAGCUUGGUCUCUUGUCGGCUCUUGAGAACCUCAUAAUCAAGAACGAAGCACAAUUGGCUGGAAGAAUCCCCGAGACACUUGCAGACUUGAGAGAACUUACUCAACUAGGCCUCUACAAGAACAGUUUGACAGGCCGAAUUCCCAAUCUUUUUGAAUCCAUUGGGAACCUUAGAUUUCUAAACCUCGAAGGAAACCAUCUGGAAGGAAGUAUCCCUUCAUCCAUUGAGCGAAUGACCAACCUCGAAACGAUUGUACUUACAGGGAACAAGCUCGAAGGUCUUGUCCCGGUUGUAUCCCUGGCAAACACAAAAGUCAAAUUCCUUGAUCUUGGUCAUAACCACUUUUCUGGGAACUUGGAUGAUAUAGUCACAAGCCUAUCAGCUGUCGAACAUCUCCACCUCGAUCACAACAAGAUUACCGGAUCAAUUCCAGCAACAAUCAAUUCUAUGACCCGCCUGAAAUCAUUGUCUCUUGGAGGCAACGGAUUGACAGGAUCAAUUCCCACAACUCUUGGCGAUCUUGGACUUAUCGAACAUCUAGCGCUACAAAACAAUCUUCUUUCAAGUGGCCUUCCUAACGAGCUUGGAAGAUUGACCAACGCGGUCGGUCUCAACCUCUCGAGAAACAACUUUAGCGGAUCCAUCCCGAACAUUGCCAACAUGGACAACCUGGUAUCACUAGAGCUUCAAAACAACGAAUUGACAGGAGCUAUUCCAGAGUCGGUGCAACAGCUACAAAGUAUUGAAAUUCUAUUCCUGAGCUCGAACAAUUUCGUGGGAACUAUCCCAACUGGAUUCAAUCGAUUGCAAAGGACUCUCAAGGGGCUUUACCUCUCAGACAAUGGUCUCGAUGGCGCUAUCCCAAGUCAGCUAUGUGAAUUGAGCAGUCUUGAAGCUCUCUUUAUUGACAGCAAUCAAUUGACAGGCACCAUUCCUGUUUGUCUAGGCGAAGUCAAAGACCUCAAACAACUCUAUCUCUUCCAAAACAGUUUGAAUGGAUCAGUCCCGUCUUCGUUGCAAGAUCUUCGAUACCUUAUUGGAUUAGGUCUUGAAGAUAAUGAUCUGACGGGAAGCAUGCCCAAUGAGGUCUGUGACCUCGCUAGCACUAUCGGUAUCGACAUUUGGGCAGACUGUGACGAGAUCUCAUGCGCCUGCUGCAACGUUUGUUGCCCAAGUGGUGACUGCGUCUAG